AUGGAAGUGGUCGUUCUCGGUUGCGGGCCAUCGUCAUCGGUGCCGUCCAUGCGCUGCGUGUUGAGUAGAACGUGUGGCGUGUGCAACGAAGCGCAUGCCAAUCCGGACUCUAAAAAUCGUCGACUUAAUCCAAGUUUGCUUGUGCGGAAUAUCAAAGCCGAUAAGAAUGUCCUUAUUGAUUGUGGUAAAACUUUUCGUGAGGCAGCAUUGCGGAUAUUUCCUCAAGUUGGCAUCUCAGCAGUUCACUCGAUUGUGCUAACGCAUGAUCACGCCGACGCUCUGUUAGGAAUAGACGACCUGCGUGAGGUACAGGCCACUGUGGAUACCAUCGAUCCAGUAAGUAAGGAAGUGUUGAAGGUCCCUUCAAUAGCGAUGAAAGUGCAUUGCAGUGAAGUCACGGGUCGCGAAGUUAUUGCAAAAUUCCCAUAUUUGAUCUCUGAUGAAAGUUCACCAUCGGCUUCAGAUAAAGGGCCAAAGCCAUUUCGAUGGACUGCGAAGCUUCAAAUUGAGGCUUUCACUCCUUGGAAGCCAUUCGAGGCUUGUGGCAUCACUUUUUUCCCGUUCCCGGUCAUUCAUGGUACUGGAUACACGUCGUUUGGAUUCGAAUUUGGACUCGAGGUAGGUGCAAGAUUCGUCUACAUUUCCGAUGUGAGUGAGAUUCCAGAAGAAACAAGAAAGUUCCUAAACGAUACAAGCAAACCUCCCGUUGAUGUUUUGCUGAUUGACGCACUUUAUAUUGACAAGUAUCACAGCACGCACAUGAAUCUACAAAAGGUGAUGGAUGAAAUUGCGACUUUCAAGCCAAAACGUACUUUGCUGACAGGAAUGAGUCAUGACUUCGACUACCACAUACACAGUAUUGAGCUGCCGAAACUGGGCAACGAGAAAGGUCUAAACAUCGAAAUGACCUACGAUGGACUGCGUAUAGCAUUUUUGCUGCCAAAUGAUAUAGUCUAA